AUGCCGCCGGCACGGCGCCAGCUGGCGGCGCUCGCGGGGCCGCUGUCGCCCAAGGUGCCGCGGGACCAACGGCAGGCUGCAACGGCAACAAGCGGCAGCGGCGGCGCCGGCGGCAGCGGCAGCGGCAGCGACGGCGCCAUCGCGGCGGCCGGCAGCGCCAGGGCUGCGGCGGGGCGGCAGCUGCGGGGGAUGCUCCAGAAGCUGCUGUCGCCGGCCGGCUUGAGGCGGGGCGGCGGCCGCGGUGACGCGGGCGGCGCCGCUGCUGCUGCUGCGGCGGCGGCGGCAGCAGCGGCGGCUCCUGGUGACGAUGACAGGAUUCUUGCAGGCGACGAUCAGCUGGGUGUGGUUUGA